GCAACCGAGGAGUGUGUCUGUAAGGAACAGUGUGAGUGAAGAAAGAGAUAGAGAGAGAGAUAUAAACACAGCGCGCACCAUUCUCCACUGUCCAAGGAGAUCACGCACCGAACCUAACACUAUUCUCUCUCUUUCUCUCUCUCUAGUGUUCGGUGCUUCAAGUUCAAGACUACUCUAGCUAGUUCUAUACUCUUGUUUUCUUAUUCUUCAUUGUUUACUUUUUAUUAAUGUUGAGUUGAUUUGUAAGAUUCGGGUUGGGACUUUGUGUGACCCGAGUAAUGGAUCCGGGUUCGAUGAUGAACGAGGGUUCAUUUCCGAAUGGGAGUGGGAAUACGACGCCGUUUAGUUUAGCGGAGAUCUGGCAGUUUCCAGCUGCAAUUAAUGGCGGCGGAGGUGGAUUGGGACUUAGAAGGCCGCAAUUUGGAACCGGUUUGGGACAGUUUGGUGAAUUUGGAACCGGUUCGAACCGGGACGUGGAUGGACCGGACCCGAGAGUUGUUUUGAACCAUGGUGUUGUUGGUGGUAAGAAGAGGCGUGACUCGGAAGAUGUUGAUUCACCUAAGUGUGUUUCCACCAGUAAUGGCGGUGCCAAUGCCGUGAAUGAUAUUGAUGGAAAACGGUCUAAAGCAUUAGGGAACAGAAUUGAUGAUGGUAAAGUUGAAGGAGAAGCCAGUUCAGGAAAGCCUGCGGAGCAAAGCAGUAAGCCGCCUCCUCCCGACCCUCCGAAGCAAGAUUACAUCCACGUCCGAGCUAGAAGGGGUCAAGCUACUGAUAGCCAUAGUCUUGCAGAACGCGCUAGAAGGGAAAAGAUUAGUGAAAGGAUGAAAAUUCUUCAGGAUUUAGUUCCUGGUUGUAAUAAGGUUAUUGGGAAAGCAUUGGUCCUUGAUGAAAUAAUUAAUUAUAUUCAAUCACUUCAGCGCCAAGUGGAGUUUUUGUCAAUGAAACUUGAAGCAGUUAAUUCGAGACUCAACACUGGCAUUGAAGUCUUUCCUCCAAAAGAUUAUGGUCAACAAACAUAUGAUCUAGCCGGCAUGCCAUUUGUUUCACAAGCUACAAGAGAGCCAAGCAGAGGAUCAUCCCCAGAAUGGUUACAUAUGCAGGUAGGUGGCGGUUUCGAAAGAACAUCGUAGGGUACGAGAACCCUUCACUGUGUAAUAAUAAAAUGCAUAAACGAGCAGUAUUCCAUUCCAUUUCAUCCCAUCUCAUUCCAUCCAUCGAUUGCUCCUAUAUUAUAAAACAAAAAUGAUAUACUUAAGGUGUAAAAGUCCAAUGGACACUUCAUUCCCAUUUUCUACACAAAAGAAUGGAGUUGUUUCUGUUUUCUACAACAGGAUUGCUUCAGUUUGUGGUUUAGCUUUUGAAAAUGAAUUCAUUUACUCAAUAUUGUGUACUAUAUAGUGGACUUUCAGGUUUUUCUUUCUUGGUAUUUAACGUGACUUAUAAGUGAUUAUUCUUGUAUAAGAAUGCUGCUUGUUUUGAAUACAUAAUGCUUACAUUUUGUGUAGUA